GCUUAAAAAUGGCGACGAUCGAAGAAGUUAGCGGCGAGAUUCUGCACCUUAUUUACGACGUUAUUAGAAGCAUCGAGAAGGACUCGCACGACCCGAAUCAGAAGCGGGACAGCUACGACAGCGCGGUAAAGAUCCAGGAGCUCCGCGGGAAGUUGCAGCUGUGCCGCGACCUGAUCCACAAGCUGCCCGGGGUGGACUACACGGGGGAGGAGCAGCUGCGCAGGGUGGAGGCACUGCGUAGGCAGCUGGCCCGCAAGCGGGAGCUGCUUGUCAAGUACAAGAGCAUGUGCCACUUCGACACGCCCGACAUCAAGUGACCGCCAUGUUUGCGUGCCGUGCAGCGGCCGUCUUCAAAGCGCUGACUGCCGUCAUUGCUUCGAGGGGGGCCCACGGGCGGCCAAAGAUCUACGACCAUUACUUCGGCUAUUUCCGUGAGACUGACCUCUACCGCCGAACGACAGCACACUCGGAUCCUGAGCUGCGACGGUUUGUCCUCUCGAGCGGGGAACGCCUUGACGCGUCUGCUUUAUCGGCUCCGGAACUGGUGGAAGCUGCACUGUGCUGCGAGGACGCUUCCUUUGGCAGACACCACGGCCGCAAGAUCGAGGACGAGUGCUGCCGGAGGGUGAGACACCUGCCCCCUCUAACCUCCGUGGUGCUCAUGGAUGCCUGGGCCUCUAGCCUGGGCGGAAAGGGCUACCUGCGAGAGGUUGUCCCACACUGGACGCGAUACGCCUGCUCGGCCGAAACCUUCGACUUUGUGCACCUGGUCUACCUGGCGUCCCUGGGGAAGAGCGCUCCCGAGAGCUUCCUGCAUGUCGUGGCGGACCGUCUCCGGAUGGUGCUACCGAAGUGCGCCCUCAGGGAGGUCGGGAUACUCUGCAGCAGCCUGUUCAAGCUCAAGCUGCGUGUGGCAGAUGACACCGUCUUGGCGGCUGUCGCGACAAGCACGGCGGAAGGCCUAAGGUCUCACGGCGACCGGUUCGACAUAAUCUCGGCGCUCAAGUUUCUGAGGUCGUGCGAAUACUACGACGCUAAACUUUUAGCGGAGAUCGCUGCGUACGUCCGUGAGGUAGGCGGAGAGCUGGCGGUUGCAGAGUGCGCCCACUUCUUGGCUGCCUUCUCGAGCGUGGCGGCGUACGACAAACCCACAUUCUGGAGGCUCGAACGUAGGGUUGCAGAUCUUCUGCGAGACCCGCGGUCGACCAGAGACGGGCAUCGGGCACAUCCCGCGGAGUCGCCGAGGGUCAAGGACGUCGCAAAAGUGCUGUGGGCGCUCGCGCAUGUCGGACACGACGCCGACAACUGGAUUUUGGAGACAGCAGAAGAGUUUCUCGAGCAACGGUCUGCACCGAGCAACGUCUUCCACGUCUUGGACGCGCUCCAGUCAUUCAUCUGCUUGGACUUCUACCCGCGGCGUCUGAUCGAGGAGGCACUGUCCGCGGACGUGCGCCACACAAUCGUGUCGUCGCACUUGCGCAAGCCGUCAAAGCAGCUGGCGUUUGUGAGUAUGUCGGCGUCGGUGAUGCUCGGGGACACGUUGAAGGGCAAACCUCCCCUCGGAGACCCGCCGUCCUCGAGGACAGACCGGGCACAGUACGAACGCGCUUGCUUUCGAGACUUGGCCGACCUGUUUGCUGCCAGGGGGCUGCCGGCCAGCUGCAUCCUGCCGCACAUUCACGUGGCGGGCGUGACCUUCACAGUGUGCCCGUCUUCUCUGACCACGAGGCCGGUCCUGGACUUCCGCGACCUGAAAGGUGGCAGUAAACAGCUGAACCUCUCCCGGGAGCUAAUAGACGCCGUGUCCGGCACGCAGAAGCAGCGACCGGAUGGCGGUGGCAGUGCUCGCGCUAGCACACGGUCCACGUUUGUCAGCGUGGAGCUGUUGGAUGGUGGUGUCUUGGUGCGCGGUUCGGAGUCUGCAUUGCGAGGGAUCAUGAGGGCGAAAGUGGUUCAGCUGCGUCGGCUGGGCAUCAAGGUGGUGUUUGCGACUCCUGGACAGGUCAAGGCGGUCUCCGAGCUGCCCGGUGUGGAAAGAGACGACUGGUGGGUCCGGUUUGUGAAGCGCUGCGCGAGUGAUACCGACCCGCAAUUUUACCACUCUGUUGGCGGCGGUGAUGCGGUUGUUGCAACGUGACAGCCUCGACAUCUCGCUUUUCGGUGGGGCGAUUUGUCUUUCUCUGUCAAACUUGUUCAGCUAUGCAAACCUCUUCUUGACAGGACCUGCGACUUCCCACAGAAAGGCGGCUAGGAGGUGGACGUGCAUUCUUAAAGGGGCACUAAAGUGCUUUUUUAGA